AGUCACAAACUGUUCACAUAGCACCAAAAUUCUUUCGUAUUCUUCCACUGGCCCAAAUAAACAAAUUCCUUUCUUGUAUCCUCUAUUGCUAAUUAUUUUCAAUUGAACACAAUGCAUAAUUUUCGGAAAACUUUAUUUAAUACAGUUUCGAAAAGCCGAAGGAAAGUAUGUGGGAAGCCGGAACAGAUAAUAAGACGCAUGUCUGUCAUUGAUCAUCCUUCUGAUGAAAAAAUGGUGUCAAAAUUUCAAAUACCCAAAGGAAUAAUGGGUCAGCCUACGUUUCACACUCACCCUCAUCUGAUUGAGCCAGAUUUCCUAACUUGCGGCAUCACACAGAUGGAAUACAGAGAAAGACGGGAAACAUUGGUGCAGAAAUUAGCCGCUGAAGUUCAAAAUGAGCAUCAGUCACAUAUAAUAGUGAUACCAGCGGCAAACAAGCAAUACAUGUCGGACAAAAUUCCAUAUGUGUUCCGACAGAAUUCAGACUUUUUUUAUCUAACGGGCUGCUUGGAGGCUUCCGCAAUACUAGUCAUGGUCAAACCUGCACAAACUGACCACUUUAAGUCGAUCCUGUUCGUGCACGAGAAGGACGAGCACGCGGAGCUGUGGGAGGGCCCGCGGACCGGCUGCCACGCGGCCGCGCGCCUCUUCGCCGUCGACGAGGCGCGCCCCGUCGGCAACUUUGCUAGCUACAUAGCCAAAGUAGCCUCAUCCACGCGCCCCUCCAUCCUCUGGAGCCCCCGCGACGCCAACCGCGAGGUCAACGACCUGCUGGCCCCCGCGUGGCAGGCCGGGGCCUCGUCCGGGGACCCGCAGAAGGCCCUGCACGUGAUGAGGUCCAUCAAGAGCCCCGCGGAGAAGGAGCUCAUGAAGGAGACGUGCUAUAUUGGGAGUCAGGCUAUUAAUAUGGCCAUGGCGGUCACUAAACCUGGCGUAUCCGAGCACUAUCUGACCGCGGUGCUGGACUACAGCGCUCGCGCCUCGGGGGCGGAGCACCCCGCGUUCCCGCCCGUGGUCGCCGGCGGAGCCCGAGCCACGCACAUACACUACGUCACCAACAACCAGCUGCUUAACGCCGAGGAGAUGGUGCUGGUGGACUCAGGCAGCCAGCGCUGGCUAUACAACUCGGACAUCUCCCGAACGUGGCCGGUAUCGGGCAAGUUCACCAAGCACCAGAGAAUACUGUACGAGCUCAUUCUUAAUGUUCAAAAGCGGUUAAUACAAAUACUAGGCGAGCACCGACCAGCACUCGACCAGCUGUUCGACUCGAUGUGCAGGUUACUAGGCAAGCAUCUGCAGCAGGAGGGGAUACUACCCAGGAACAUAGACGGAAACGACCUCAUAGGUAAAGCGUACCGCCUGUGUCCGCACCACGUGUCCCACUACCUGGGGCUGGACGUGCACGACACGCCGCUGGUGCGACGGCACAUGCCCGUCAGGACGGACAUGGUGGUCACCGUGGAACCUGGCAUAUACAUUCGUCCGGACGACACGUCAGUGCCUCCGGAAUUCCGGGGCAUCGGCAUCCGGAUCGAGGACGACGUGCUGAUAACGGACGGGGAGCCGCUGGUGCUCACCGCCUCCUGCCUCAAGGAGCCCGACGACGUGGAGGCCGUCGUGGGGAAACAUAGCCUGUGACCG